CGCCCCGCCUACUUGACAGACCUGCACGGGGCGCGCAUCUCUGCGGGGCGUCCGAAAGGCCACCCAGUGCCCACUUCUCCCCGCUGCUGUCCUGGAGGACUGGAACAGAGGGUUGAUAAAAGUUUCUUAUCUGAAGAAAUGGAUACUUCUCCAUCCAAAAAAUACCCAAUUAAAAAACGGGUGAAAAUACAUCCCAAUACAGUCAUGGUGAAAUAUACCUCUCAUUAUCCCCAACCCGGGGAGGAUGGGUAUGAAGAAAUCAAUGAAGACUAUGGUAGAUUUAUGGAAGAAAACCCAAAGAAAAGUCUGCUGAGUGAAAUGAGAAGAAAAGGAAGAACUCUGUUUGGAACCAUGGACACUCAGCCUCCACGAUCAGAAGACCCAAGAGCCAGUGGCAUGGGACAGUUCCAGAGCUUUGCAGAAAAGAACAUUUUUCAGUCCCGAAAAAUGUGGCUAGUGCUGUUUGGGUCUGCACUGGCGCAUGGAUGUGUGGCUCUCAUCACGAGGCUUGUUUCCGACCGUUCUAAAGUCCCGUCCUUAGAACUGAUUUUUAUCCGGUCUGUCUUGCAGGUCUUAUCCGUGAUAGUUGUGUGUUAUUACCAGGAAGCUCCCUUUGGGCCCAGCGGAUACAGAUUACGACUUUUCUUGUACGGUGUGUGCAACGUUAUUUCCAUCACCUGCGCUUACACCUCCUUUUCAAUAGUUCCUCCCAGCAAUGGCACCACGAUGUGGAGAGCCACCACCACUGUUUUCAGUGCUGUUCUAGCCUUUCUUCUUGUAGAUGAGAAAAUGGCAUAUGUUGACAUGGCUACAGUGGUCUGCAGCAUCCUGGGUGUUUGUCUUGUCAUGAUCCCCAACAUUGCUGAUGAGGACAAUUCUCUGUUAAAUGUCUGGAAGGAAGCCUUUGGGUAUACAAUGACUGUGAUGGCUGGGCUGACCACUGCUCUUUCUAUGAUAGUGUACAGAUCCAUCAGGGAGAAGAUCAGCAUGUGGACCGCACUGUUUACCUUUGGUUGGACUGGAACAAUCUGGGGAUUAUCUACUAUGUUUGUCCUUCAAGAACCCAUCAUUCCUUUAGAUGGAGAAACAUGGAGCUAUCUCAUUGCUAUAUGCAUCUGUUCUACUGUAGCAUUCUUAGGCGUUUAUUAUGCCUUGGACAAAUUCCACCCAGCUUUGGUUAGCACAGUACAACAUCUGGAGAUUGUGGUAGCUAUGGUCUUACAGCUUCUAGUGUUACACAUAUUUCCUAGCGUUUAUGAUGUUUUUGGAGGGGUGAUCAUCAUGAUUAGUGUAUUUGUCCUUGCUGGCUAUAAACUUUACUGGAGGAAUGUAAGGAGGGAAGAUUAUCAGGAAAUACUGGACUCUCCCAUUAAAUGAACACCUGGUUAUUACUGUCAUCUUGUUAAUGUCUAGUUAUCAACACAUACACUGCCAUUUUAGCAUUUACUUGUAGAUGUCUUUUGUGUUACAUUAUCAAUAGAGUGCUAUAUAGUAUAAAUAAUUAUGCAGAUGCAGAAAAAUAUACCAGACUAAUAUAUUAAAGAAUAAAUAUUAAAUAGCUGAAAUGUGUCAUGAA